AUGGCUGCGCGGAGACAGGCAGCGCAGCAGCUGCAGCAGCAGCAACCACUCCAGCCGCCCGCCGCACUCGCGCACAAGUCGGCCAUCCUCCGCCAACUCGCAACCGACGCACUCGCCUACUCGCCCCAGACAGCGCUCUUCUACGCAGAGCGGCUGCACGCACUCGACGCCACAGCAGAGCCAGCCGCCCACCUCCUCGCCCAGACGCAGAUCGCCGCCAGACGACACCACGACGCCCUCUGGACCCUCCGACAGCCCGUCUCGUUCGCUCCGGCACUCGCUCCGACACCAUCAGACCAGCUCGACGACCCGUUUGGCGCGGCCGGAGGAGCGGGCGCGGCGGCAGCGGCUCGGAGGUGGCCUCAACCCUCGACCUCGGCUGGGAGGCUCACGCGUCCCGCCGUCGAGUGCAGCGUGAGGUGCGCCCGCCUGUACGCCGAGGCGUGCGCCGAGCUCAAGCGCGACAAGGAAGGCCGCGAGGCCCUCGCCUUCGUCCUCCAACCCGGCGUCCCGCUCGCACCUUCUCCUCCGCUCGACAACCCUGACGUCGCGCACAACUCGGAGUCGUCGAUCGCCGCCGCCUUCCCGCGCGCAGACGAGUCGACCGUCGUCGAGCUCGAACUGGCGAGGCUUGCGCGCAAGGGAGGAGACUACGAGCGUGCCGUGGUCGGUUUCCGCAAGGUCGUCGCGAAACUCCCGACGUGCUGGGAAGCCGUCGAGGCCCUCUGUCUUCUCGGUCACCCGCCCGACGUCGACGCCUUGUACCCGACCCCGGUCCGCCAGCGCGCGUCGACAGCCACUUCGCCCGUUUCCGCCGGUUCGACCGUCACUCAUGCUCCGCAACGUCCGCUCGCGCCCAGCAACUCGAACCCGCCGCCCCUCGGACCCUCGCAGACUGCGGUCGUCAACACGGUCCUGCCGCUGACGGGUGCGCCAGGUCGAUUGAGGAAUGGAGGCGGGCCAGUCGGCGAAGGAGGACUCUUCACCCCGACCGAGAUCCAGGUCAAGCCGGGCGGCCUGUUCGGCGUCAAUGGGAAGGGAAAGGGCAAAGAGGUGCAGGCCUUGUUUGGUGCGGCUGCGGCGGGAGCGCCGCCGCCUUUGAGGAGGACUGGGUCGGGCAGGUACGCGGACAUCUCGAUGGACACGACCGGUGUUGAAGACUCCUUCGACGCAUCUUUCUACCCCGGCGUCGGCAACCUGCCGUUCUCGACGAACAACCCCGCCGCCCGCUCGAACGGCGCAGCCGGCUCGCUCUUCACCCCUCCUACCGCCACCCUCCCGGCUGCGACAGCUCCCGGCGUCAAGCGUACGCGAGCCGGCAACGUUGCACCUGCCUCCACCGUCGCGACAGCAACCGAUGACGACUCUCACAGAACCGCCGCAAACGGUCGGAGGAUCUUGCGAGGAGAUGGAAAGGUGCGGCGAGGGGAUGCGUCGGCAACUGCGACGGCUCCGGCGACGCGUCGCUCAUCUCGGCUCUCGAGCAAUGCGGCGUCAACGGCCAUGGCAGUCUCGAGGUCGCAGUCGAGCGCGAACGGACGCACCGGAGCAACGGCGGCUGGUGCCGGCGACAAGAAACGCAAGAGGGGCGCGACAGGUCCUUCCGUCCUGUCGGACGUCGGCAGCGACGCGGCUUUCUCGCACUCGUCGUCGCCCGCGCCGUCAUCACCGGGCGGCAGUACCGCUCACCCUCAGCAGCCGAGCAUCGCCUCCGUCCUCGACCCGGCGCGCGAGGAGGCGGAAGACUACGUCCUCGGUACCUUGAGGGCGUUCGCGACCGCUGCUCGUGCCGCGGCGCUUUACGCCCAGAAGGAGGUCGUGCAGGCGCUCGCUGCGCUGCCGAGCGAGCAAGCGAGGACUUGGAGGGCGCUUGUUGCGCUCGCAAAGGCGCACUUUGAGAUGCUCAACUACGACAAGGCAGAGAAGGCUUUCCGACAAGCGCGACACGUCGCGCCGUACCUCGUCGACGGCAUGGAGCUGUACUCGACGACGCUGUGGCACCUGCGCCAGUCGACCGAGCUCUCCUUCCUCGCGCAAGAACUCAUGGUCGCCGAUCCGCGCCACCCGGCCAGCUGGAUCGCCUCGGGCAACGUCUUCUCGCACGUCGAGGACCAUGCGAGCGCACUGCGGUGCUUCAAGCGCGCUGUGCAGCUCGACGACGGCUGCGUCUACGCCUACACGCUCAGCGGGCACGAAUGCGUCAUGCUGGAGGAAUGGGAGCGCGCGUUGGGCUUCUUCCGAGAGGCGGUCAGGCGGGAUGUCCUUCACUACAACGCCUGGUUCGGCCUCGGCAACGUCUACCUCAAGACAGGCAAGUACAGCCUCGCCGAGUACCACUUCCGCCGCGCGCUCGACAUCAACCGAGCGAACACGACGCUCGUCUGCUGCGUCGGCACGGUUCUCGAGAAGCUCCACCGAUGGAAGGAGGCUUACGAGAUGUACGACCGCGCCGCCGUCCUCGCGCCGGAGAGUCCGCUCGUGCGAUUCAAGCGCGUCAGGCUCCUCGUCAAGCUUCAGCACUUUGAGGCCGCCAAGAGCGACCUCCUCGCCCUACAGCACCAGGCUCCGAUCGAGCCAAAUGUGCACUUCUUGUUGGGACAGCUAUACAAGGCCGAGGGCAAGCGCGCCGACAUGCUCCGUCACUUUGCCCAGGCGCAGGAUCUCGAGCCGCGGUUGGCAAGCCUUAUCCGCCAGGUCAUUGAGCGCUCGGACGGAUCCGGAGGAAUGGAGGUGGACGAACGGAGCGACACUACCGGUCUCUCCGCAUAG